UUUCAGAUACUGUUACCUUUUUUCUCUCUUGCCCUUAUCAUUCACAGAAUCUACGAGAACAGAAAAAGGACCUUUCUCGAUCAUAUAAAGUUCGAUAAUAAGAAAGAUUUUCUUGUUUAGAAUCAAUAGAAUGAACGACUUGCUAUCGAGUUUGUUCUGGAAGGGAAAGCAGCAGCAGCAGCAGCAGCAAGAACAAGAAGGGCAGCACGUGAUCGAAAUAACACAAGGUGGCAUGGACAUGGACAAGUUCUUCAAAGAAGUGGAAUCGGUGAAGGAAGAACUGAAGGAGCUAGAGCGUCUCCACCUAAGUCUCCGUGCCUCAAACCAAAACGGAAAAGCGCUUCACAGCCCUAAGGGCGUUAGGGAGCUUCGAUCUCGCAUGGACCUGGACGUGGCUCUUGCUCUCACCAAAGCCAAGCUUGUGAAGACUCGCUUGGAGGCUCUCCACCGCGCCAACCAAGCCACCCUCUCCUUGCCCGACUGCGGACCCGGUUCCUACUCCCACCGGACCCGAAUCGCGCUGGUCGGAGCCUUGACCAAGAAUCUCAAACACUCCAUGGACAGUUUCAAUAAGCUGAGAGAGCAGAUAUCGUACGAGUACCGAGACACCGUGCAACGUAGAUAUUACGCUGUCACCGGAGAGAACCCUGAUCCUGAAACCAUUGAUCUCCUCAUCUCUACGGGUGAGAGUGAAAGUUUCUUACAGAAAGCCAUCCAACAGCAAGGGAGAGCCACCAUAAUGGACACCAUCCAAGAGAUUCAGGAGAGACAUGGCACGGUAAAAGAGAUAGAGAGAAGUCUACAUGAGCUGCACCAAGUGUUCUUGGACAUGGCGGUGCUGGUCCAACAUCAGGGUGAACACUUGGAUGACAUAGAGAGCCACAUGGCGCUUGCAAGUUCCUCCGUCAUCAAAGGCGUGCAUCAUUUGCAGGUUGUGAAGAAUCAUCAGAAGAACACCCGUAACUUCACCUGUUUCGCCAUACUCCUCUUCAUUAUCGUUUUGGUCAUAGUUCUCCCCAUUGUUUUCAGAAGUUGAUCACAUUUUCAUGUCUUAUCAUUUGUAGUGGUGGCAAGGUGAAGAGAAGUCAAAGCUCAUUUGACCUUCUUCCCAUGUGAAAAUGGCUUUCAUUCUGUGAUCGUAUAUGUAUUUUGGUAACGUUUUGUAACUUUUUCCUUGUCUUUGUUUAACGACUGUUUGAGGAAUUUUCCGACAAUGGAAGUUUUACUUGCAUAUGGAGACUGAAGCUAAAGCAGUUUUAUCUCUUCAUGGCAUCUAUGAAAGUAGGGUAAAGAGAAGAGAAUGGAAGCAAGGGUUACGGCGGGGAUGUUGUUCAUGUUAACAAGUGUAUAUAGCAAUAUAUUGUAGGCGUGACCUAUAAUUUACCUUGGAUAUAUAUUUCAUGUG